CUGAAUAGUUUCGGUGUGUUUUGCGGAUACGCACGCCGCUGUUCGCCUCUAACUGCUCUCUACAACCCCCAGUUUCUGUUCCAUGGGGUCGCAUCUGUCAAUUUUUCAAUUCCCGCAUCCACUCUCAGUUACCGAGUGUUUUGGACGGCAUUAAACAUUCAUAACUGCCACAAACAUUUUCUCAACAAUUCUAACGUUAACAGAAAGUGAUGCUGUGAAGCUGUGAUGCUGUGAUCUGUGACUUUUCUCGUACCGUGAAUAAUAAUCUUAAUAAUCGGAUGAAUAACAGUGGUGAAGGUGGGGAAACUGAGUGAUGCUGAGAUGAAAUAAAAUUUAGACAUCUUGAGGAGGAUUGUUGUUGUUGAUCUGUUGUUUUAACUGAACGGGGUGCAUAACAAAUUUAUAAACAAUGAAAUCGUUUGAGUGCGAAUCAUCGUCAGAGGGUGAAGAAGGACAGGUCCACGCCAUCUCGAGAGGGAUAGUUCAACCCUCCCAGUGGUUAAGGGGACACUCCUCGGGUUGGGGCUGGCAGAAUCCUGGUGGAACUUCUGGAACUGGUCCGAGUUCGUCGUCCAUGGAACAACCAGCAAAUUUUGCGCCGUUCCAUCAUUCACCGACGUCGGAGGAAAGCCAACAAAUACCUGGACGCAGAACACCUCUGGGCGCCGUGGGUCUCGGCGGUUUUUAUUUCCAGGGCUGUCCACCCAACUUGGCCGGUCACGGACCGCCUUCCGACGAGAACAAUCCCGAUCCCUGUUCCUCUCAACCCAACAACACCAGGAGAGAGGAAUCGAGGACGUUGCCCAACUCCCAAAAUGCGCCGCCGUCCAAAGCGAAAAACCGUCAGGGAAAAUCGGUGCGGUUGAACAUAAAUGCCAGAGAGAGGCGACGAAUGCACGACUUGAACGACGCCCUGGACGAAUUACGGGGCGUCAUUCCCUACGCCCACUCACCUUCCGUUCGUAAACUGUCCAAAAUUGCCACGCUGCUUCUGGCCAAGAACUACAUUUUGAUGCAGGCGAACGCCCUCGAAGAAAUGAAGAGGUUGAUCGCGUACUUGCAAGGAACGGCAGCUGGGGCGGCCAUCGUGGCGCCUCCCGGUUUCGAUUUGCAAGGCUUCCCUGCGGCCGCCAAGUUUCUGCAACAACAGCAAGGGAUGCAGCAGGAAAAUUCAAGGAACAACGAUGGAAAUAAUGCUGGCUCGUCAAGUUUAUGAGAUUAUUGAAUUAAAAAACGAAUUUUUUAGCUUUGUAAAACUAAUUGUUCAUCUCGUUUGUUGCGACCACAACAUAAGUACAUACGUUGAAAGCCGUAAAAUGAGAUAACAAUCAUUGAUCUUAUGUAACUGUUGAUGCUCAAGAACACUUUCAUUUAAUCGAUAUUAUUCUGAUAUUGUUGUUUUUGUAGAUUUUUUAACGCUAACUUAACUUGAUUAAUUCAAAUGAAUGCAAAGCAUGCAAAGAUAAAAAUGUUGUGAAAAGUCUUAGUUUAAAGUGAUUUACGUUUAUUUAUUUUGUGCGACAACAAUUUAUCAAGUCGAGGAACAAGUACUGAAUGAAAUUGAAAGGAGAUAAAUAUAUUUAAGUUUAAUUUAUAAGAAUAUUAUGUAACGGUUGUGUAUUCUAGUCGAAAUGCUGAUUAAUAAUUGCGUCCCGAUUACAACAGCAAUAUGUAUUUACAAAAACAUGAUUUCUAUGUCUACAAAUGAGCAAUACGAUCUGAUCUGAUAUUUUCUAGUCAAUUAGCGGAUGUGUGAUGUAGUUAGUUUUAGAUAUUUCAAAUAUACAAUAAUUCAAUAAAAA